AUGCUGGGCGGAAUGGGCGUGAGCAUUUGUGGUGUUUGCACCUAUGCUGCAGUGCCUGGGCGCCAAAUCUUCGCCUCCAACGGAGAGUGUAUGGACUAUGACCCUUCCCCCGGUGCGGGGAACAAUGUGAAGGUGCAUCCUUGCCACAUCGAUGCAAACCAAAAAUGGUACUUUGAGGGCGAGCUGCUGAAGACAGACUACAAUGACCUUUGCUUGGACUACAACAUGGGAAACGGGGAAGUCUACAUGCAUCCUUGCCACCAUGGAGCCAACCAGCAUUGGUACUUUGACGGCGAGCUCUUAAAGAACAGAUACGACAACAAAUGCUUGGAUUUCCAACCCGAUUCCAAGAACAUCUAUAUGGGCAAUUGCCCAGGGAGCAAUACUCAGCACUUUACCUGGAGCCAGGCAGUGCAUGGCGGUCAGCAAAUUCGCAGUGACAACAAUGGUAAAUGCAUGCGUGUGGAAGCUGAUGGAAAUGUGAAAAUUGGCGACUGUGAUGUCUCUAUGGCAAAUCGAUUCUACUGGGAUGGUGAAAUGAUCAAAUCUGAGAAGACCGGCCAAUGUUUGGACUAUCAUGUUAGCGUUGGGAACAUUCAGAUGUACGACUGCCAUGGAGGUUCCAAUCAACGGUUCUACUGGGAUUCGAAGUACAUCAAGAGCAGGCAUGACAACCAGUGUAUGGAUUUGCAGCACGGUCAAGGCAACGUCUAUAUGGCAAAUUGCCCUGAUGCUCCAUCUCAGAAGUGGAGAGAUGUUGAUGUUGCAAAGCCAUUACCAGCCGGCCGUCUCACAGACAUGAUGUAUGGUUUGUGCUUGGAUAAGAACCAAGAAAACAACAACGUUUAUGCCGCCGGUUGCCACGAUGGCAACAAUCAGAAGUGGUACUUUGACGGAGAGUUGCUCAAGAAUCUAGAGGAUGGCAACUGUUUGGAUGAGAAUGGAGAAGGAAACCUAUAUGUGUAUCCAUGUCACGGAGAGGAUAACCAGAAAUUUUAUUUUGAUGGCCAUCGAUUGCACAAUCGAAAGUGGGGGUCUGCCAAAUGUGGAGAUAUCAAUGGUGACAACACCAAGAACUUCUACAUGCAUCCGUGCCAUGAUGGGGCCAAUCAAGACUUUAAUUGGGAGAUCCCACGCAGACUCAAGAGCCGAAAAGAUCCAGGAUGGUGUUUGGAUAUGAACCCAACCGGAAACAAUGUUUACCUCCAUCCUUGCCAUCGCGGCAAUCAGCAGAUGUGGGUGUUUGAAGGCCCAAUCCUCAAGGUCCAGUAUGACCGCAGCCGAUGCCUUGACAUGAAUGCAGGCAGCAGCAACAACUUGUACAUGCAUUCUGAUUGCCAUCACAAUGAUAAUCAGCAGUUCAUGUGGUCUGGAGAGCAGAUCAAGGUCAAGAGCGACACCAACCUUUGUUGGGAGUGGGACCAGGGCAACGCCAACAAUUUGAAGGCGGCACCUUGA